AUGUUAUCAGUGAGUGAAAGAAAUAACAAGAGGCUAUUAUUAGUUUCACAUGUAGCGAUACCUACCACCAUAUCUGACACAAAUGUUGAAAAUGCAAUAGACGAUUUAUCUAUACAUGCUUUAUUUGCCAGGCUGGAAGAAGCCAUUAAUACUGAGUGCAGACACUGGUUAGACUCUGAAAUGUUACAAAAAUAUCUGGAUAAAAAACAGAUACCACGGGGUCUAAGACUAUUCAAAAGCUGUUCUUUUAAAGAUAAUCCAGAAAUUCUAAACAAAUGGGAGGAGGCUAUGAAUGAGUGCUCCCACACUUUUAUGAAAAUAUUAAUAUCUCAUAGAAAAACUUUGGUUGAACAGAUGACUAAAGAAAUUGAAACCAUACAAACAAGUUUAGAUAAAUUUAAGAAUUCAAGUCUAUAUGACGAAUUAAAUGAUAUGGUUUUACAAAAAACAGAUAGAUAUCAAAAAGAUCUGAUUGGUAUAAAAAAUAGGAAGCUAAUUAGGGACGAUGAGGAUUAUUCGAAAGGGGAGGUGUAUAGUUUCAAUAAAAAGAAAAACUUGCCCAUUCCAGUAGCACCCCCAAAUCUGACAUCUAAUGAACAGAGGAAUAAUCCAAACCCAUCCAAUGAUUGGAUUUUAGUUUCACAUCAUAAAAAUAAAAAUAAGAAGGGAAACUGGUAUUAUGACGAUAUUGACACCAAUCAUGGAGACCACCAACAACACAGAGAAAUACAUCAUUUUAACGAGAGAUCUCCACAAAGUAAUCAUUAUUCACCUAGACAUAUAACAUGGGGUGGGAACCCUGAAAGAUCUAGGGAACAACACAUGCCACGUUAUCCCAAUAAUAAUAAUAGAGACCAAUAUAUGCCAUCAAAGCACAGCAAUAAUAGUUCCACAACAUAUGGUAAUAGGAACCAAGAGCCAACUGUGUUGAACGCCUCAUAUAAUAAUAAUAACUAUCACAGAGAGCCAAGAUUUAAGGGAGGACAUGCAAAUAACCAUCCACAUUAUGAAAGGACAUAUGAAUCUAACUAUCCACAAAGAGAUAGGACAUAUGAGCCUAACCACACAGGAUAUAGUGGACCCUCUAAUAGUAUGGGAAAUAGACAAAAUAUCCCAAUAAAUGGUAAUAGAAAUGGGGACUAUCGCACUAAUCAGGGAGCAAGCACUAGUACCGACACUAGGCCAUCUAAUACUGACUCACACAACCAUUUUUUAGAACAGGGCCAACGAACGCCAUCCUGGAAACAGAAAAGCAUAUCGGGAUACCUAGAGCCGAUAGUUUCCCUUACAACCCCCCAAAAAGGGAAAAGACCCCACGGUCACGGGGAAACAGGGGACGAGGAACAGCCCGCAAAGAGGCAAAAUUACAGGCAUUAG